AUGGCGGGAGUGAAAGGAAGCACAAACGGAUGCACAAAGGUUCCUCCAGAAGUUCAACACACAAUGAGAAAAUCACUGAAAGAAAAUGAGAAAAAAGCAAAACAGAAGCGAGGAGUGAAUAUGCAACUUCACGAUGUUGAUGAUGGUGAAGUUAAUUCUAGGUUCUAUCAGCCUAUGAUCAGCAAAAUUGCAAGCAUGGGUCAUGGUUAUGUAGGGCCUUCUUAUCAUGCUUUAAAGGUUGGUUUACUACGUGAUGCAAAGCUGCAAGUUUCUUUGAUUAUCGACUCUUUAAGGAGUACAUGGGCUGAUAGUGGUUGUACUUUGAUGGGAGAUGGAUGGAAAGAUACUAGGCAAAGGCCAUUGAUUAAUUUUUUGGUCUACUGUCCUAAGGGGAUAACUUUCAUCAAGUCUGUUGAUGCUUCAGGAAUAUGUACAAAUGCAGAGAAUUUGUGCAACCUAUUUGCGGAGAUUGUGGAGAUGAUUGGACCACAAAAUGUGGUCCAUAUGGUGACAGAUAGCGCACCUAACUACAAAGCUGCUGGUGGUAGGCUUGUAGAAAGAUAUCCUACCAUAUACUGGUCACCGUGUGCUGCUCACUGCAUUAACUUGAUAUUAGAAGAUGUGGGAAAGCUGCCUCAUGUGCAUAAUUUAACCAGCAAUGCAUCAAAGAUCAUUAGUAUGGUUGUUGAUGAGGAGUUCAGAAAAAUCUCAAGAUCUGAGAAAGCAAAACUUGUGAAACAGCUUAUCUUUAAUGAAGACUUUUGGAAGGAGUGCUUUAUGAUUGUGCAGAUUAUGACUCCGUUGAUCCGUUUGUUGCGUAUUUGUGAUGCUGAUGAGAAACCAUCGUUGCCUUAUGUAUAUGAAGGGAUGUAUAGGGCACGGCUAGGCAUCAAAAAUAUAUUCAAGAAAGAAAAGCCUCUUUAUAGGUCUUAUACGAGGAUCAUUGACAAUAGGUGGGAUAGGAUGUUGCGUAGUGAUAUCUAUGCUGCAGCUUAUUUUUUGAAUCCUGCCUUCUUGUAUGACCAAAAGAACUUCUGCGAUAAAGCCGAGAUUACAAGAGGAGUGCUAAAUCUGAUUGAGAAGCAGAAGGGCAGUCUAAGUGAAACAAAGUUGGUAUCAACCCUUCGUUGCUAUAGAGAUCGAGAACUUAAUUUAUCUCGAGAAAUGGCACUUACUUGUAGCAAAACGACUCGACCCGAUGAAUGGUGGAAACUAUUUGGUUGUGAUAUUCCUGAUUUGCAAAAGCUUGCAAUCCGAAUCCUUAGUCAAACAGCUUCUUCAUCGGGAUGUGAGCGAAACUGGAGUGUCUUUGAACGUAUUCAUACCAAAAAAAGAAACAAGCUAGAGCAUCAAAGACUCAAUGAUCUUGUAUAUGUUCACUACAACUUGCGUUUACAAAACAGGUAUGGGACAAGAAGAUCAUAUGAUCCCGUUGAUUAUGAGUCAAUUGAUAAAACUGAGUUUUGGAUUGUGGAAGAAGAAGGAGAAGGAGAACUUGAUUUUUCUGAAUUAGAAGAUAAACUUCUUGAAGAAUAUCCUAAAGAUGGCGAAGAACUCAAUCAUGGUGAUGCAGAUUAG